AUGCUUUCUUCCUCAGCCCCUCUCUCUAAACAUCCACAGGAUAUUGGUGCCGGUUCACCUUCGCUUGAUAAACACCUCGACAAACAGACCGACAGCUUUCCAAGCACAGAAGACCAGGAUGACGUUGAACUUGCCAAGCUUGGGUAUAAAUCCGAGUUUGCAAGAGAAUUUGGAAAUUUCAGCACAAUAUCUUUCGCGUUCUCGAUUAUGGGACUGUGUUCUUCGGUCACCAGCACAUUCAACACUCCGAUGUUAUCUGGAGGUCCGGCUUCGGUGGUUUGGUGCUGGCUACUUGGUUCGGUAAUGUGCUUUGGCUUUGGGACGUCGAUAGCUGAAUUAGUAUCAGCCUACCCCACGUCAGGUGGUCUAUACUCGGCUUCGGCUUAUUUGGUCCCGAGACGCUACCGCCCAUUCGUCGGAUUCACCGUCGGCUGGCUAAACAUACUGGGACAGAUUGCUGGCGUGGCAUCUACGGAAUUCGCCCUCAGUGAAAUGAUCUGGGCCGCGUACACACUAAUGAGGAACGAUGACUUCUCACCAUCAAAGUCCCAAACCGUUGGCUUAUAUGUCGGUCUUUUGGUCCUGCAUGGACUACUUAAUUGUCUGGCGACGAAGGCUCUGGCGGGGAUCACCAAAUCGUUUAUAUUCAUCAAUCUGACUGGAACUAUGGCUAUGAUCAUUGGCUUGUUGGCCACGACACCUGAUAAACACGAUGCCAGUUACAUUUUCACUAAAGUCACUGAUCAAACUGGAUGGGGAAAUGAUGGCCUGGCCUUCCUGUUGGGCUUAUUGAGUGUGCAAUGGACCAUGACCGAUUAUGAUGCGACCGCGCACAUUUCCGAAGAGGUCAAACGAGCAGCUAUCGCGGCACCCGUUGCGAUUUUCGUUGCCGUAGCAGGACGGGACUAUUCGGCUUCCUUCUCGGUCGUCUUGACAGCCCUACAAGCCAAUUCCCGCACAAUCUUCUCCUUCAGUCGGGAUGGUGGCCUACCCGAUCGUGGUAUCUUCAGUCGUCUCUCAGCUCAGAAGGUCCCUGUUUAUGCCGUUUGGUCGGUGAUCAUUGUGUCAAUCUUGAUGGGUCUUUUGAAAUUCGCUUCUACCGUCGCCCUAAAUGCUAUAUUCAGUCUGUGUACAAUUGCACUCGACUCUUCAUACGCCAUUCCAAUCGCCAUGAAAUUGAUAUACAUGGACCAUCCUGAAGUUCAAUUCAAACCUGGCCCAUUCAGCUUAGGAAGAGGGACACCUUUGAUGUGGUUUGUCAACUUGCUCUCGUUGGCCUGGGUUUCGUUUGUCGUUGUAAUUCUCGCCCUACCAACGGUUGUUCCAGUAACUGCUCUGAACAUGAACUAUGCCUCUGUCAUCACCUUUAUCGUCCUAUCACUAUCUACCACUUGGUAUCUGACUUCUGCUCGCCAUUGGUAUGUUGGACCCAAAUCGAAUCUGCAUUAA